AUGUUUACUGAUGCCGAGCUAGAAAUAUUCUCCGACUUUCUAGGCGGUUUCUUGCUUCUGCUAGUGGUAUUGUAUCACUAUGUUAACGCGAAAUGCAAGACCAAUUCUAAAACCAAGUAA